AUGUGGCUGCAGUCGAACGUGGUGGUGCUGAUACUCAUCGUUGGGAGCAGCUGCUGGGCGGCGCCGGAAUGCACACGCAGUGCGGAGUACUGUCGGGAUCGGCAAAUGCAUCCGGAUAUGCCGGAGCAGGACCCGCGAUCCAUGCGCGCGGUGCAGGGCGAGGAUACGAAUGACUAUUGGCGCAAGCAGGGACAGCAGUUCGUGGAGCAGAAGCUGGCGGCGGUGUACAACAAGGGCCAGGCCAAGAACGUGAUUAUGUUCCUGGGCGACGGCAUGGGCGUGACGACUACGUCGGCGGCGCGUAACUUGCUGGGCGGCGAGGAGAAGUGGCUGUCCUUCGAGAGCUUCCCAUACACGGGUCUGUCCAAGACCUACGCUGUGGACAAGAUCGUGACGGACUCGGCCUGCUCGGCCACGGCGUAUUUGUGCGGCGUGAAGGGCCAGGAGGGCACCAUAGGCGUGAACGGCGCUGUGCCGCGCACUGACUGCAAGGUGAUGCUGGACGAGAGCACGCACGUGGACUCCAUUGGCAAGUGGGCCAUCGAUGCGGGCAAGUGGGCGGGUCUGGUGACGACGACGCGUGUGACGCACGCUUCGCCCAGCGGCGUCUAUGCGCACAUCGCAGAGCGGGACUGGGAGAACGAUGCAGCAGUCGCUGACGACUGCGGCGCCAACUCGGGCAUCAAGGACAUUGCGCAUCAGCUGCUCAAUGGCGAGGUGGGCAAGCAGCUGAAGGUUGUAAUGGGCGGCGGACGGGAGAACUUUGUGGACGCCAAGACGCAGCCUUGGGGCAAGCGCACAGAUGGUCUCAAUCUCAUCGAGCAGUUCCAGAAGGAGCACGCGAAUAAUGUCUACGUGACCACGGAGCAGCAGCUGCUGGCUGUGGAUGUCAGCAAGACGCAGCGCCUGAUGGGCUUGUUCCAGGACGACCACAUGCUGUUCCACCUGGAGACGAACGAGACAACGACGCAGCCCACGCUGGAGCAGAUGACGCGCAAGGCCAUCGAGUACAUGAGCCAGCAUGAGCAGGGCUACUUCCUGUUCAUCGAGGGCGGCCGCAUCGACCAGGCGCAUCAUGAGAACCAGGCGCGCAUGGCGCUCGACGAGACCAUCGAGUUCAGCAAGGCCAUCCAAGCGGCGCGUGAGCUGACCAGCGAGAGCGACACGCUCAUUGUGGUCACUGCGGAUCACUCCCAUGCCUUCAGCUAUGGCGGCUACGGCUAUCGCGGCAACGACGUGUUCGGCAAGGCGCCCGCCAACGGCAACGACGGCAUUCCGCACAUGGUGCUCAGCUAUGCCAAUGGACCCAGCGCCGAGAAGUUCUACGACGCGGAGAGCAAGCAGCGCAUUGAUCCCACCACGGUGGUCAAGGGCGCGCACGACGAUCUGUUCCCAGCUGGCGUGCCGCUCGACUCGGAGACCCAUGGCGGCGACGAUGUCCUUGUGUAUGCCUCGGGCCCUUGGGCGCAUUUGUUUACGGGCGUCUACGAGCAGAGCACCAUUCCCCACUUGAUGGGCUUCAGCUCCUGCCUGGGCGAUGGCCUCACCAUGUGCAAGCAGCGAUAAAUCCUUUCGCCUGCUGCCUCCUGCUGCCUCCUGGUCGUGACAAUUAAGUUUGUAGCUCAUUAAAAGCUGCACAACUGCAAUUACUCCCACUCCCCAUUCGCAGUCUCAUUUUCAUUUUCAUUUUCAUUUUAAUGCCUUUUGUUGUUUAUACUUUAUACUUUGCCUGCCUCAUACUCGUCUCGUGCUCAUUCAUUUAAUGCAAAUUGCAGAUUGAAAAU